ACCUCCAGUAACCUUCCUACAACACACACACGGAGACAGACGAGGAGCUGCAGAGGAGCACACAUUCCUGCAGCUCAGGAGAACAGAGAAAAAACACUGAAAUACUUUUUGGAUACUUUUUAUUUUUUGGAUUUUAAUGCCUGAGUUAAUAAUUCAUUUAGCACUACUCUCGGGUAGUUUGCAUUGCUUUUCUUUUAUUGGCGACGAGCGGCUGCAACAUAUCCGCAAGCUGUGUUUAGGUGCUCUCUCCCAGCCCCUCUCUGGAUGCAUCAGACUCCUCUCCCCCGGGGCCCUGGACCCGGUGUGUGACCCCACCGCCCUCGCCCCUCUCCCCGUCUCCUUCCUCUCCAAUUCCGCCAAACUCCUUCCCACCUGUCCACCUCGGCACUCCUGUCCUGGGCCCCCUGCCUCUCGACCAGCGGGCGGAGGCAGGGGGCCAUGGCGCCAUGGUAGCCUUCGGCGGACGCAACCCCCUCGCCAUGAGCGGCGUGACCCCUCCGGAGGGCAGGGUUCAGGGUGCAAACUUUACCCCGCAUCACUACAAGCCUUUCAGCUCGCACGCACACUACCAGCAGGUGAUGCGUGCGUUGCAUAAGCUACAGGAGAGCGGGUUUUACUGGGGCGCCGUGGGAGGCCGGGAGGCCAGCUCCCUGCUGCGCUCUGAACCGCCCGGCACCUUCCUGAUACGCGACUCCUCGGACCACCACCACUUCUUCACCCUCUCCGUGCAGACAUCUCGAGGAACCAAGAACCUGCGCAUCCACAGCGAGGGAGGCGGCUUCUUCUUGCAGCCAGACCCCCAAAACACCCAAGAGCCCCCGCAGUUCGAUUGCGUGCUGAAACUCAUAGCGCACUACAUGGGGAAAGGGCCGGACGCCGGACAGAGCAGAGAGGGGGCAUGUGGGGGCAACCCGGAGAAGAAGGGGUGCAGCGUUUAUCUGAUCCACACCAGCGGAGAGAGGAUUCCCUUGGAGCUGCAGCGGCCCCUCUCCAGUUCUCUCUCCACGCUGCAGCACAUGUGCAGGAGAACCCUGAACAAUCUGGGGGGGUCGGACCGAGCCGAGCAGCUCCCGCACACCCUCAGAGACUUCCUGGAGGAGUACGACGCUCCUAUAUGACUGACAGGAACCGCCGAGGUUCCACAGACCAGUUCUCAAUGCGAGUAUGCGCACCAUCGGAUGCUGACCAGAGUUAGCCUUAGAUGCCAAUGUGAGGUCAGUUUUUUUCAAGACGGACACCGUGUACCUAGAGUCUCCCCGAGGUCUGGGAUGAGGAUUUAGGUAACCAAUGAUUACCUCGUCCGUCCUGCCUUGCAAAAAAAACACUGACCACUAAUGUGAGUGGCAAGUGAAGCCAGAGGUCAGAGGUCAACGUUUCCUAUGACUGACUCAGACGCAGAGCAGAGCCUCGUAGAAGAUUAACCCGAUUGGUCGAUAUUAACGACGACGUGAUCAAUACACACCGCCAGUGAUCCCUGUGGGGUUUUAAGAAGAAAACCUCUCCUCUCCUCAAGUCAGCCUGACAUUUACAACGCUUCGGAUCAACGGACAGAAAGAAAGAGCGGAAAGGUUCAGAGGGGGGUGAGGGAACAGAGAAAAAGGCAAAGUCCAAACGAGGGGCCCAAAGCAGAGUACGUACAGCAUUUGUUUGUCUGAGUGUGUUUGUGUGUUGUGGUUGGCACACACAUUUCCACUGCUGCUUCCCGCAAAUGUUGCCUCAUAGAGCGGGCGAGGAAGAGGGGUGGUCAUGUACGCUCGCUCCACACACACACAAACACACACACACAGGUACAGCAGCAUGUAGGUUUUUGUUAGCAUCUUCUGCCGUUUGUUCUCCUCCGUUACCCUUUUCUUCCCUUUGCAAACCUUUUGACAGUGACAGAAAACAGACUGCUGUUGCCAAGACAAAAGCUUGUUACUGAGACAAAAGCCUUGGCACGACACCAAACAAAACAGCAGAACUUAUUUUUAUCCAGACUGGCUGGAAAAAUGUCAGCGACACUGUAAAAGCUCCUCGGGGAAUGACGACAAUGAUGAUCCAAGAUAUUCUGGAGGAGGGGGGGUGAAGAAGGAUUGAACCAAGGAGCAAGAAGAGCGGGAAAUGGGAUUAGGAAAGGGAAAUUGAAGAGGACGGAGAGCUGGGAAGGGGGCGAGGGUAGGGGAGAAGGGGGAGGAGACAUACUGGUAUACAGCUAAACAAAAACAUCAAUGUGGAGGAAAUGAUGGGGCUCAACAGGACACUGCUCCUGUAAAUAUAAACGGUUCGCUAAGAUGUGAAAAAGAAAGUUUGUCAGAGUUUUAACUCUGUCUUUUUAGACCAGUUCUUUAACAUUAUCAUCUCUAUUUUUUUUGUGUAUUGGUGUGUUUGAGUGUCUCUCUCCCUCCUGCUUUUCUGACAUUGCCGCUCACGAAGGAGGAAAUGAACUGGACAGUUUUAAUCCCUGUAACUUUAGAAAGGUUUCUCUUCCCCGUAUUACCUUCCAUCGUUACCUCUGAACUGAAGCCAGCCCUGUCUCCUAGAAAUGGCGUUCCCAUACAACUAAACUGCUUCCUCCAUUACGCUUGGAAGGAGCCGUAUUUUGUUGCAGAUUUAUGUUUGUAAUGAUAGUCCAUGUCAGGCCGCAGCAGGUGACGUAGUACAACGAGCAACCAUUAAAUAACCAUUCGAGGUCAAUGGCUGCGUCCGAAAUUGCAUACUAUGCACUACAUAUUCAAUAUCGUUCACGCUUUUGUAUGAAUAAACAGUAGUAUGCAUUUUUCAGACGCACUGUAAUCGUUUCCACGUCACUUCCUGAGAGCCUCCUUGCAGGUUAAAAGUCGCGUAACCAUGGUAACCCGUAUCAACCUCAUAUGACCAAACGAUGAUUUGUGAGAAGUCUGAACUAGUUUAAAAACUAUAUUAACCCUUAUAGCUAACUAAUACUUACACUUAAAUUAAAAUCGUUAUUGACGUUACAGAGCCGUCCGUCAACGUCUGUCAUGAACGUUUGUCGUUACUACCGCAUUUUAUUGUGGGAUAUUUAUGCUGCCGUAGUGUCCAGCGUUUGCAUACUGUAAUAUUUCACCGGAAAUGGUAUGCAAUUUGCGUACAUACUAAAUAUCUCACAUACUGUUUUAGUGUACUAAAUAACAUGUUAGUAUGCAAUUUCAGCGCAACUAUACAAGGUCAAUACUUAAACUUAACCAUCUCGCGAGAGUUUCCCAAAUUGUGAGCUAGCUCCUCGACAUGACCAUGAACGUUACGUGGUAUAAUAACGAGUAUAACAAGCGAGAAAGUCCACACUGGGCGGAUGGGAGGGGUGGAGGACUUUCACCCAGGAGACCGCUGUUCGUGAAACUAAAACUCAACAUUUUCGUAGGUAGCUGCUGUUUUUUUACUAAACCUAACUAAGUAGUUUUGUUGUGUUUUAUUUCAAUUUACAGCGUUAACCACAUUUUUAAAUUGCGACCGUGAUCCAGGAGAAAACACAUUUCUCUCUAAACGUAAUAGAGAAAACAGUUUAGUUGUAUGGGAAAGUCAUUUUUUAGGAGACGUAGCUGCAGGAGUUGGUCUUGUCUGUCUGAAUGUCAAGGGAACACAAGACUUCCUUAAAGUGAUUCUUUAACAAAAAGCCUUUUGUAAAACAAAGAUUUGAUCAUUUGUUGUGUCUGUGUUUGACCAGUGCUCAUACUUACCUGUGAUCCAUAUUGGAGUGGUAGCCUUUUUCACAUCAUUAAACUGUGUGAUCUCAUGUGGCCACUUGAGACAAGAGCGCUGAAAUAUUACCAUAGUGAUACUUUAUUUUUAUUUUUUUUGGUCAAAUCUCAGUCUUAUUUUCUCACAUCAACACCAAGUUUGUUUGUUUUUUACAUGUGUUGCACCAUUGGACCACACAUGUAUGUGAAUCAUUCUGUCUUUUGUAAAGACUCUCUCGCAAAAAGGCUGGCCACUAGUCUGGCAAAAUACAAGCUGUAAUAUCUGAAAUGACAAAGCAUUACAAGAAAAAAAAAUAAAUGAAAAGGAAACGUUGCACAUAUUUAUAUUUCUAAAAUAUUUCAAUAAUUUAUAUUAAAGAGCACUAUUUUUACAAAAGUCAA